GGAUCACCGCGGGCGAGACCACCAAGUUCCCCGAGGGCUGGGGCUCGGUGACGGAGCGCCUGUGGACGCGGCCCAACUUCGCGCGCGCCACCGUCCUGGCCGCCCAGCUGCUGCCCGAGGCCGUGUGCCACAUCCAGUGCUACGUCGGCGUGCCCUUCCCGAGCAACACCAUGGACGUGGUCGCCAUGCCCUACUACUCGGACACGCCCGUCGUCAGCGCCACGGCCGCCUUCUUCCGGGAGAGCGACCUGCAGUUCGACCCCAACAUGGACGGGCUGCUGCUGCGGCUGGCGCGCGUCGUGGCGGAGCAGUACCUGGGCGUGAUGGUGACCCCCGUGCCGGACACGCGGGCCGUCAGCGAGGCGCUCGCCAACUACGUGGCCUCCGAGACGGUGCGCGCGCUGCGGCCGCGCGAGACGGCCGAGGGCAGCGAGCGCGCGCAGCUGCACCGCGGCCACGCCGGCCACCAGGGCCACCAGGGCCACGACGGCCACGGCGACCACCAGCACCAGCACGGCGCCACCACGCCCGCGCCCGCCACCACCGCGGCGGCGACCAGCGCCGCCCCGGCCACCGGCACGACCGCCCCCGCCGCCAAGGGCAACAACACCUGCCGCUGCCGCCAGUACGAGUCGGACAAGUCGGACCUGCUCGUGAACGCGCUCUACUCGGUGUACUACGAGCUGGGCUCCCAGUUCCCCCUGACGGGACUGACGAGCGCGCAGCGGCCCGCCCUCCAAGGCAUCAAAACCGAGCUCAUCGUGCGCAUGCUGGCCAUCACGCUGGGCGAGAGGACGUUCAAGGCGGCGCUCAAGGGACUCCUGGACGAAAAGAAGGACGGGUUCUUCUCGUCCAGCGACCUGUGGAAGCUGCUCACGCAGCACGCCUACGCCGCCGAGUCGCUGCAGGCGCCGCUCGACGUGGAGGCCAUCGUGGCCUCGUGGGUGGACAAGGACCGCUUCCCGCUGCUCAGCGUGAGCCGCGACGACCACGACAACAGCGCCAAGCUGCAGCAGAGCGUGUUCCGGCGUCGCAACUACACGCCCGAGGAGCGCGACCUGGACAAGGAGAACGCCAUGGUGUGGAACAUCCCGAUCGUGACGCUGACGGAGGGCCAGGCCUUCACGCGGCAGGAGCACCAGCCGCGCCUGUGGAUGAGCUCGCGCUCGGCGCUGCUGGAGAACGCGUCGCUGGGCGACAGCUACCUGGUCGUCAACCCGGAGGAGGCGGCGCCGUGCAUCGUCAACUACGACAAGCGCAACUGGGAGCUGCUGUCCAACGCGCUCAACGACCGCAAGUCGCCCGAGCUGCCGCCGCGCACGCGCGCCAAGCUCCUCCACGACGCCGUGAUGCUGGCGCACGCCGGCGCGCUGCCCUUCGGCGACGCGCUCCCCUUGCUCCGCUCGCUGCAGGGCGAGACCUCCCCGGCCGUCUGGCUGCCCGUCGGCAACGUGCUCGACCACGUGCGCCGCGACGUGGAGGGCACGCGCCUCGAAGACCGCUUCACGACCUUCCUGGAGAGCAUCCUGCGCGGCGCGCUGCGCAACGUCAACGACCGGCUGGCGGCGCCGGGGCUGUGCGACUGCAAGUCCCGGCAGCUGUUCGAGACGCGCGCCCUCAUCCUGCAGCAGCUCGCGCGCGCCGACAUGCAGCCCUGCAUCAAGGAGGCCAGGGCGGCCUACGAGUCCUGGGCGGCGUCCGCCACGCCGGACGAGGGCAAGCCCGGGCCAUCUUCGAGAAGCGCGCGGGCCAGUGGGGCAUCGCCGACGGCAUCGUGCAGCAGGCCAUCCGGCGGGCCGAGUCCAACGUGGCGUGGGCCGACGAGGCCUUCCCCAGCAUGGAGGCCUGGCUCGAGAAGUACCUCGUCAACAUCAAGAAGGAGUAGGGCUCGGCGCGCACCCGCGCCCGCGCCGCCGAGCCACCGGCUGCGGGACGGCCGACUGUGAGGACUCGGCGAGCACGCGGGUGCCUGGCCGAUUUUCGUUUGACGACGCGAUAAUGUCGACGCUCAGUAUCUUGAAAACUGUCCGAAAAACGCCACAAGUCGCACGCGUUUCGAUAAAAUGGCGAUGUCCGCGCGCUGCUGACGAUGCCACAAAAAAAGACACGCACAAUGAUUCACCCUCUAACAUGAUAACAGACGCAUCCAUGAGAUUGAUUCGUCCUCUCAAAUAUCUCCCUUUUCACCUGUCUGACCCAACCAUCCAACCCACACCAGACUCGUGGCAGGUAGUGGUCUUCACAGUCGCAAAAAUGUUUUGUUUUUUUUCUACACAGGAAUUCCCUUUGGCUUAUGCGCGGACUUCCCUUAGCUUUUCCUGUUUCACGUAAGAGAAAAAAAUAAAAAAAAUUCUCCGGUUCGUUAGAUACACAGAAACAACAACAAAAAAACACUCCCAUCAGAAACUGUCGGCUGUGAUGUUACUUUUUUGAAAGAGGGUAACAUUUAUGACCUUGUCGUCAAAAAAACUAUACCUGAGGACACCACUACUACUAUUACUCUUCAAACAAUGUCAUGACAAGUGCUCAUUGAUGGUGAUGUUAGCAGUAGCUAUAAUUAUAUUGAUAAGCAACUUAGACUGAAAACUUAUGUUACGGUAAUAAAGAAACCUUU